CCGGAAAUGGAGCCCGCUGGCCGGGAGGGACGGACUUCCGGUUGCCUUCACUGGGUGAAAGGUGGACGAAAAGUCGUUUGUCCUCUUCCCUCCCGUGUAUUUUGUUCACCGUCGCCCCGCGGUUGUUUUUCGGAGUAGCCAUGCUUCCAAACGGCGGGAAGUUGGCAGGCCGCACGCUGUUCAUCACGGGCGCCAGCCGUGGCAUCGGCAAGGCCAUCGCCCUGAAGGCCGCCAAAGACGGCGCCAACGUGGUCAUCGCCGCCAAGACGGCGCAGGCUCACCCCAAGCUGCCCGGCACCAUCUAUAGCGCCGCGCAGGAGGUGGAGAACUUGGGCGGGAAAGCGCUGCCGUGCGUGGUGGACAUCCGAGACGAGCGACAAGUUGAAGACGCCGUUCGGAAAGCCGUUGACAAGUUUGGAGGCAUCGACAUCUUGGUGAACAACGCCAGCGCCAUCAGCCUGACGGGAACCUUGUCAACGCCCAUGAAGAAGGUGGACCUCAUGCUAGGAAUCAACUUGAGAGGAACAUACAUGACGUCCAAGAUGGUCAUUCCGCACCUGCUCAAGAGUUCGUCUGCACACAUCCUCAACUUGUCGCCGCCUCUCAACCUCAACCCCGUCUGGUUCAAGAACCACACAGCCUACACCAUGGCCAAGUACGGCAUGUCCAUGUGCGUCCUGGGGAUGGCGGAAGAGUUCAGAGGUCAAAUCGCCGUGAACGCCCUUUGGCCGAGAACCGCUAUCCAGACGGCGGCCAUGGACAUGUUGGGCGGCGAAGGCGUGGCCAAGCAGUGUCGUACUGCGGACAUCAUGGCUGACGCCGCCUACGCUGUCCUGACGCGGCCCAAAACCUUUACCGGUCACUUCCUGGUGGAUGAGGACGUUCUGCGGGAGGAGGGGGUGCGAGACAUGGAUCAGUACGCCGUCCAGCCAGGUCGCUUGCACGCAGACUGCCCUGCCCUGCCCUGCCUUGCCCUGUCCGCCGUAGUCUCACGCUGCCCUACUGAUUGGUCCGCAGGUCACCCGCUCCUGCCCGACUUCUUUCUGGACGAGACCCCCGAGGCGCUGGCCCAGCAAAUGGAGCAACACGGGGCGACACCCGCCUUCAAGCCGCCAUCCGCGUCGGCCACGUCUUCUCCCGGCGGCCCCAUAGAAAGCACGUUUGAGGUGAUCCGAGGCGUACUCAACGAGGAUCUGGUUAAGUCCACCAAGGCGCUUUACCGGUUUGACCUUUCAGGAGAACACGCAGGGGUUUGGUUCCUGGACUUGAAGAGCGGAGCGGGCAGCGCGGGGCCGGGCCAGCCGCAUGCCGAGCCCGACGUGGUCAUGACCAUGGACUCGGCCGACUUUAGCAAAAUGUUUGCGGGCAAGCUGAAGCCGACGAUGGCGUUCAUGUCGGGGAAGCUUCGCAUCGCCGGCGACAUGACGCUCGCCAUCAAGCUGGAGAAGAUGAUGGGCCGCAUGGCCAAGCUGUGAUGUCAUCAGGUAACGAUGAUAUCCUCACGUCAAUAAAAGUCAAAACGAGAA